AAAACCGAUCAAAGCCGUACGGAGUUUUCAGGAGGGUGGUCGCGUUACGCUCGGAACUUUCUUAAACAGACGGAAUCCUUUCGAGUAGUAUAUAUAAAUAUAUAUAUAUAUAUAUAUGAUUUGGUUCGCGCAACAGCAAAAGUAAAAAAAUGACGGAACGUCGUGUGAUUUGACAGUGAAGAAACAUUUAAUGGGAAAAGUGCCUCGGUAUCCUGUGGUUGGUAUUCGGGAAUCCUAAGUAUCGCCACAACACCCUGUAGCUCUCUGAUAUCCGGAUUCUGGCCAGCGUACCGACAUUGGUAAUCAGUGAACGGAAGGAAGGCUCGAGGUGCGGAACGCGAAAGGGUGAGACAGGGGUGAACUGGCGGAGGGUGAGGCUGAAGUGAUGACGGGCGAGGAAGGAAAGUGCGGGGGUGGAACUGGCACUGGCGGGGAUGCCGGUGUGGGAAAUACGAACCUUACCGACAACGUGAACAAUGUUAACGCCAAUGUACAUGCGAAUGUUAAUACCAACAUAAAUGUCAGCCAACAGAAUGGAGGACCGGAAAAAGCGCCCGUCGUCGGCGGUACCAAUGUGGAAACUUUACCACGCGCUGGCAAGCAGAGCGACCCUAGUACGGCAUUUCUUCGUGCGGCUCGCGCAGGGCAGCUGGAAAAGGUUUUGGAGUACUUGGAAUCGGGAGUGGACAUUAAUGCUUCAAAUGCUAAUGGCUUAAACGCUUUACAUCUGGCAGCUAAAGAUGGACAUUUGGAAAUCGUCAGAGAACUUCUUAACCGUGGAGCAGUGGUCGAUGCUGCUACCAAAAAGGGAAAUACGGCAUUACAUAUCGCUUCUCUUGCUGGACAGGAGGAGGUGGUACAAUUGCUGGUACAACGAGGUGCUUCUGUGAAUGCACAAUCGCAAAAUGGGUUCACACCACUGUAUAUGGCCGCACAGGAAAAUCAUGAUUCUGUAGUCAAGUUCCUUCUGAGUAAAGGUGCCAAUCAAACAUUGGCUACUGAGGAUGGCUUCACCCCAUUAGCAGUAGCGAUGCAACAGGGUCACGAUAAGGUAGUAGCAGUUCUGUUGGAAAAUGACACUCGUGGUAAAGUUCGAUUGCCUGCCCUCCACAUUGCUGCCAAGAAAGACGAUUGCAAAGCAGCUGCCCUACUUUUACAAAACGAUCACAAUCCCGACGUAACAUCGAAGAGCGGUUUUACACCGCUUCACAUUGCUGCUCAUUAUGGUAACGAUCGAAUUGCCUCCUUGCUUUACGACAGAGGAGCAAACGUAAAUUUUGCGGCGAAGCAUAAUAUUACGCCGAUGCACGUUGCAGCAAAAUGGGGAAAAAUAAAAAUGGUGAAUCUUCUUAUGAGCAAGGGAGCAAAUAUCGAAGCGAAAACGAGAGAUGGCCUUACGCCGCUUCACUGCGCCGCACGAUCUGGUCAUCACGAAGUUGUUGACAUUUUAAUCGAGAAAGGGGCACCAAUUGGUUCAAAGACGAAGAAUGGUCUUGCGCCGUUGCACAUGGCUUCUCAAGGAGACCACGUUGACGCUGCGAGGAUAUUAUUGUAUCAUCGAGCACCCGUGGAUGAAGUGACGGUAGAUUACUUGACGGCGCUACACGUGGCAGCUCAUUGCGGACACGUACGAGUGGCUAAGCUUCUACUCGAUAGAAAUGCUGAUCCAAACGCACGAGCUCUAAACGGCUUUACUCCACUCCAUAUUGCUUGCAAGAAGAACAGACUGAAGGUCGUUGAGCUCCUCUUAAAGCACAAAGCUAGCAUCGAAGCCACUACAGAGUCUGGAUUGACGCCUCUACAUGUAGCAAGCUUCAUGGGGUGCAUGAAUAUAGUGAUUUAUUUACUGCAACACGCAGCUAGUCCCGAUAUACCAACAGUAAGAGGCGAAACACCUUUGCAUUUAGCUGCCAGAGCAAAUCAGACUGAUAUUAUCAGGAUACUUCUUAGAAAUGGUGCCCAAGUUGACGCCAGAGCAAGGGAAGAACAAACUCCGCUUCAUGUUGCUUCUCGAUUGGGUAAUGUUGAUAUCGUGAUGUUAUUACUUCAACACGGUGCCGAUGUAGAUGCUACUACAAAAGAUUUAUAUACACCACUUCAUAUUGCUGCUAAAGAAGGCCAAGAAGAGGUUGCAUCCGUUUUGUUAGAAAACAGUGCAUCGCUUACCGCGACGACCAAAAAGGGAUUUACUCCUUUGCAUUUGGCAGCUAAGUAUGGUAACAUGAAUGUAGCGAGAUUAUUGUUGCAGAAGAAUGCACCAGUUGAUGCUCAAGGAAAGAAUGGAGUGACUCCACUUCAUGUGGCAUCUCACUAUGAUCAUCAAAACGUAGCAUUACUUCUACUUGAUAAGGGUGCAUCACCUCACGCUAUGGCUAAAAAUGGCCAUACACCAUUACAUAUUGCUGCACGUAAGAAUCAGAUGGAUAUUGCAACUACUUUAUUGGAAUACGGAGCAAAAGCAAAUGCAGAAUCAAAAGCAGGAUUUACGCCGCUACAUUUGAGUGCACAAGAAGGCCACACCGAUAUGUCAACGCUGCUUAUUGAGCACAAAGCAGAUACAAAUCACAAGGCAAAGAAUGGUCUCACGCCGCUUCAUUUGUGCGCACAAGAAGACAAAGUUAAUGUUGCUUCUAUUCUCGUUAAAAAUGGUGCUCAAAUUGAUGCUAAAACAAAGGCUGGUUAUACUCCGCUACACGUGGCAGCUCAUUUUGGUCAAGCAGCGAUGGUACGAUUCCUUUUACGAUCUGGAGCAGUUGUUGACAGUAGCACGAAUGCUGGAUAUACUCCAUUGCAUCAAGCUGCCCAACAGGGUCAUACGUUAGUGAUUAAUUUACUGCUGGAGGGUAAAGCAAAACCGAACACUACUACUAAUAAUGGACAAACAGCUUUAGAUAUUGCACAAAAACUUGGUUACAUUAGCGUCAUCGAGACAUUGAAGGUAGUUACAGAAACCGUCAUUACAACGACUCAUACAGUUACUAUUGAAGAAAAAUACAGAGUACAAGCUCCUGAAUCAAUGCAAGAGACGUUUAUGAGCGAUAGCGAAGACGAAGGGGGUGGUGAUGAAAUCGGCAUGGCAGCCAUGAAUGUGUACGGGCAGCCUCCACACGCGCAACACGUGUACCUUCCUUCUUACUACCGGGGCCAAAUGACCUAUACCCGUGAAGAUCCGAUGCUUAGCGACCAACAGCAAUAUCGAUACAUGACUGUUGACGAUAUGAAAUCCAUGGGGGAUGACUCGAUGCGCGUCAACGUGACAGAUGACGAGAGAGACAAUCGACAUUCCGGAGCACCAAUGAUAACCGAGAUGAUCACAAAAGAAAAUUAUCAACGUACAAACGCUGCCAAUCUCAAACUAGACAAUGUUGAUAUUAAUAGGCACCCAGUACACGUCGGAGCGUCCCUAGAGUCCCUAAAUACAUCGCUGGCAGCUCUUGGUACCAUGUCGAAAGGACAAGGAAUGUGGAGGGACAGCUUCCUGGUUUCCUUUCUGGUGGAUGCACGAGGUGGUGCGAUGCGUGGCUGCAGACAUAGUGGUGUACGUGUAAUCGUUCCUCCUAGAAAAGCCGCAAUGCCUAUGCGCGUUACGUGCAGGUAUUUAAGAAGGGACAAAUUGACGAACCCACCGCCUUUGAUGGAAGGGGAGGCUCUUGCCAGCCGUAUCCUUGAACUAGGACCCGUGGGUGCCAAAUUCUUAGGACCUGUCAUCAUUGAAGUACCACACUUUGCUUCGUUGCGGGGCAAGGAACGAGAAAUAGUAAUACUUCGAUCGGAUAAUGGAGAAACUUGGCGCGAGCAUACCUUGGAAGCCAGCGAGGAGGCUGUCCAAGAUGUGCUUAACGAGAGCUUUGAAGGAGAAGAAUUAAGCCAGCUCGAGGAUCUCCAAACUUCCAGAAUCGUAAGGAUACUCACUGCAGACUUCCCACAUUACUUCGCAGUAGUGUCUCGCAUCAGGCAAGAGGUUCAUGCAGUUGGGCCAGAAGGUGGUACAGUUUCUUCAUCGGCUGUUCCACAAGUUCAGGCUGUUUUCCCACCAGCAGCUCUUACUAAAAAGAUCAGAGUUGGACUUCAGGCACAUCCAAUACCAGCAGAUCUUGUAGCCAAGUUGCUUGGUAACAGAGUGGCGGUAUCACCAAUCGUAACCGUUGAGCCAAGGCGAAGAAAAUUCCACAAACCGAUAACCUUAACUAUACCGGUACCGCAAGCAGCCAACAAAGGCAUGAUCAAUCAAUAUUCAGGAGACGCACCGACGUUGAGACUUCUGUGCAGCAUAACUGGAUUGAGUCAUUUAGGGGGUCAGUCUCGGGCAGUCUGGGAGGAUGUCACCGGUUCGACGCCAUUGACGUUCGUGAAAGAUUGCGUUUCCUUUACUACCACGGUAUCUGCUCGCUUCUGGUUAAUGGAUUGUCGGAAUAUCUCCGAAGCCACGAAAAUGGCUACGGAGUUAUACACACACGCGACACAUGUACCUUUUAUGGCUAAAUUUGUAGUAUUUGCAAAGCGAGUAGAUCCACUGGAGGCAAGGCUGCGCGUAUUUUGUAUGACCGACGAUAAAGAAGAUAAGACUUUAGAAAAUCAAGAGCACUUCACGGAAGUUGCGAAGAGCCGAGACGUCGAGGUACUGGAAGGUAAAACACAAUAUAUGGAAUUUUCGGGUAACCUUGUGCCAGUAUUGAAGAGCGGCGAGCAGCUUCAAUUACCGUUCAGAGCGUUCAAAGAGAAUAGAGUUCCGUUCACGGCGAGAAUAAAGGAUCCGGACGCCGCGGACAUGAUGGGUCGCAUAAUGUUCAUGAGCGAGCCGAAGGUUCCUAAAGGCGAGUUGCCGCAGACGCCGAUUUGCACGUUAAAUAUUUUAUUGCCAGAGAAAAUUUCCUCGGAACCCGCUGCCUCGGAGGUGGAUUUGUUAGAGCUGUCGAAGAAUUAUAGUUUUCUACGUGACGGUGGCAUAAGUCGUCCAGACGCUAUUCACAGAGCAACCAUUCGGUUGACUGAUAUCGCAAAUCUGUUGGACAAAGACUGGGAAAAACUCGCGGAAGAGUUAAAUAUUCCGCCAAACGAGGUAUCAACGAUUAAACAAGAGUAUGCGAAUAAACCAGCCCAGCAAGCCGCAGCGAUGCUUAAAGUUUGGCAGAGCAAUGGAAACAAAGCUACAGGCAAUACUUUGGAAAAAGCAUUGAACAAAAUUGGCCGCGAGGACAUUGUGAGAAAAUGUAUAUUCAAUGUCGAAUUGGUCACUGACGACGUAGAAAAGGCCGUGGCGAGGGUUCGAUUAGAUCAACCUGGAUUUGAUUCCUUAAAAGAAGAAUUGGGUCCUUCAAGGGACACUUCUCUUCGCCGUGAUGCAACGAUGGAUCCAAAGAUGAAUCCUGACUAUGAUGAUUAUAACAAAAGCAAGGAAUCUGGAUCCAUGGAAGACCUCGAUAUCAGUGACACUAAACGCGAUACAUCGAUACAGCAUGUCACAAUCACAAACGGCACUGUAUUCAAUGGAACCUCGACCCCCAUCAAAGAUAAAUACGCGAGCGAAGAGAAAGAAUUAAGGGACACAAUGGCCGAAUUUCUCGAGCACAAAUGUCACGUUGCCGAUACGAUGAGCAAAAAGUCACGCGAUGAAGUUGACGACAAAGACAAAAAACGACAGAGGGUGAUCGCAGACGCCAACAAAAUAGUUUCUGGUGUAAUAGCAGACGCAGAGAAAAAGAAGGAGAAGUUAGCGAAGGAAGGGUGGUCGGUGGUUUGUGAUGAUGAUGCGCGGGACAAUAAAGAGGCAAGAGGUGCUAUAGUUGAAAGUUUUGUUAGGGAUCAAUUCGUUGACAAAGAGCCUAAGGAUAAGGUCGUUAAGUCCGAUGAAAAACUAAUUGUCGAUCGAACGCCAGUUAUCGAACCACCGAUAAUUAAACAACGUUACAUUCGCGAUGGGAAGGGAGAUGCGAUUAUUGCAUCGAAAACUAUAGUUUCAGCCAUCGACGAUAAGAGUCAACUACCAGUGAUUACUCAGACUAUCACGAUUAAAGAGAUAGAUCAAACGAUACCCACAGACACAGCGACGAUCUCCAAUGGUAAACAGAUUAUCGUAAGCAAAAAGGAAAUGCUGUCUAAAGAAGGUAAGGAAAUUGAUGAAAAACUAACAACUCCUAGCAUAAGUAUUAAAAAACAAGAUGUAAAAUUGCCAGAAAAAGCUAAACAAGUUCCACAAGACGAACAGAAGCAAGAAUUGCCGAAAGAGGCUGUUGCCAAGACUAACAUUCCAAAAGAAACGAAACCUACGAUUGAUAAGCAAGUAUCUGCUUAUGAGACCGUUUACAGUGUUCAGUAUCCAUUUACACAGCCAGACGAGAAGCAAGAGGAUGAAUUAAAGAAAUCAAAAGAUAAGAGCGGAGGCAUACUCUCAGGCAUUUUCAAGGGAUCCAAACUUAAGAAGAGCAAGUCGAAAGGAUCGAAGGACACGUCCUUGGACAGUGGCGACGAAGAAAUAAAAGUACCAGUGCUUACAGCUACGGAACAUCAAACGCAGCAACCUACUUUCGUUUCAUAUGAUACACACGUAGAUUAUAAACCUAUUGAAACGACCGUGUUACCUGACGUUAAAUUAGCUACCAUGCAAUUCUUAGAUGAUUCCAGGCGCAGUGAUUUGAAUGUACACGUACCUGAUAUCGCAGUGAGCUCGACUCAAAUCGAGAGAAGGGAAGUGAAAGAGGAACCUAAAGUAACGGUUAAAGAAUCAGAUGAUCGUACUGGAACUAUGACAAGUGAUGCAAGCGACCAAGAGAAAGAGAAGGGUGGUGGUUUCUUUGGUAUAUUUAAGAGUCCUAAAUCAAAAGAGAAAAAGUUAAAGAAAAGCAAGGAAGCAUCUUUCGACAGUGGUGACGAAGAACUUCGAAUCGCCACAGAGAAAUUCUUGGACGAUACACGAAAGAUUGCUGAAACUACCAUUGUUCCUUCUGCUCCUAAAGUUGACACAAAACAAGACCUGCAUACGUUUUCGUCGUCAGUUCAUUACGAGGAAGAUACACCUAAAGAUAAAAUAAACGGACACUCAUAUGAUAUCUCGGAAGUAAAAAAGAAAUUAGACACAGAUAGAAGUACUCCUCACAAAGAAAUGAAUGGAAAAUCAGAUAUUAAGAAACAUAAAGACCAGAAAGAACACAGUGUGGAAAGGUAUACCGCUAAGCCAGAAGCAAAGCUAGAAUCACCGGAUAAACAAAAAGAAGAUGAAAAGGAAGUAGAUGAGGAAGGUAAAGAUAAGAGCGGUGGAUUCUUCGGCAUGUUCAAGAGUCCAAAACUGAAAAGUAAAAAGAGAAGUUCGUCCAGAGAGAAGAAUUCAUCUAAAGAAGCAUCCUUCGACAGUGGAGAUGAAGAAACACGACAAUUGACAGCCGCUUUCUUGGACGACACGAAAAAGAUUGCAGACAGUCUGCAUCAUGAAGAUUGGAAGCCAAUUCCUGAAAAAGUAACAGCUGAUACGGCCCCUGAUGAAUCUGCAGACUCUGCAGAUAAAGACAAGGGAAGUAGUGGAAUCUUCAGCAAAUUCCGAAGUCCAAAAUUGACUAGAGCAUCGCGAAGCAGGUCCCGGGAAAAGAGCACUCCACCGCAAGAAUCAGUAACAAGUCCAGAUAGUUCAAUCCGAGAAGCUACUGCGAAAUUCCUAGAAGAUACAAGAAACCUUGCAAAUCUAUCAUUCGAUGUACCAGACAAAGUAGACGAUGCGAAGAAAGCGAAAGAAAAAAUAACAAUAGAAAUCACGGAAGAUGUUGAUGAUACCAAAAAGAAAAUAUCAUCAGGAAUAGAUGUAGUUGUAGAUGGCACAGAGACAGCAAAAGAUAAAGCUGCAAAAGAAGCUAAGAAAGCCAAGGAAAAAACAGGUGGAUUUUUAUCUGGAUUAUUCAAAGGUACAAAACACGCUGCAGAUGAAGCUACUGAAGAAUUCAAGGAUGCUCUUGAUGAAACAAAGAAGGAAGUCGUUGAAGGAAAAGAUCGUGCACGGGAAGUGGUAGAAGAGAAGUUGAAAGAUCUCGACGCAACAAAAGACAAAGCUGUUUCAGAAGCAAAGCAAGGGCAAGAAAGAAUCACCAUUGUUGUAAAAGACACUAAAGAUGCGAUUAGUGGAAAGGUAUCUGAGGCUGCGCAGCAAGUUUCAGAUACUGGUAAAGCUGUUGGUGAAAAAGUAGCUGAUGGAGGAAAGCGAGUCACAGAAGAGGUAGAUACCAUCAUAUAUGGUAUGACUGACAGCGUGAAAACUACAAAGGACAAAACAGCGGCAUACUCAAAAGAUGUUAAAGACGUAAUUGUAACAGGUGCUAAAGACGCUAAAGAUACGGUUAUAACUGGUGCAAAAGAAGCGGAGCAUAAAGUAAGUGAAAAAGUAGCUGAAGGAACGCAGAAAGUAACCGACACUGGUAAAGCAGUUUCCGGUAAAGUAGUCGAAGGAGUAAAGGAUGUUGAGAUAAAAGCAGAAUCAACUACACGAAGCGUGAUUGAUGGCGCAAAGGCAACGAAAGAUAAAGUAACUAAAGAGAUUAAACAAGAUACUGAAAUAGCGAAAGAAAAGAUUUCAUCUGGAAUAGACACAGUGGUAGACGGUGCAGCAGCAACAAAGGAUAAAGCUGCAAAAGAAGCUAAAAAGGCCAAGGAAAAGACUGGUGGCUUCCUCUCAGGAUUUUUCAGAAGUGCAAAGCACGCGGCAGAUGAAGUUUCUGAAGACGUUAAAGACUUCGUCGAUGAAAGGAAGAAGGAGGCUGCAGAAGAGACAGCUCGUGCUCGUGAGAAAACGACAGGAAAGUUAAAGGACGUUGAUGCAGCGAAGGAUAAAGCUGUUGCAGAAGCAAAGGCCGCGAAGGACAAAGUAGCCGCAACUGUGAAGGAAGCUAAAGACGCAAUAGAUGAAAAAGUAUCGGAAGCUGCAGGGAAAGUGUCUGAUGCUGAGAAAGUGUUCGGCAAAAAGGCAGCUGAUGAAGUAACGCGUAUUGAAGAAAAAGUUGAUGGCGCGAUCCAUGUUGUAGUUGAUGGCGUAGUAACAACGAAGGAAAAGGCAGCUGCUACAGCGAAGGAUGCUAAAGACACAGUCGCAGCAGGUGCAAAAGAUGCAAAAAUUAAAGUAACAACAGUUGCGAAACAUACGAAGGACACAGUAAGUGAAGAAAUUACAGGUGGUGCUGAAAAGGUGAAAGACACAGGCAAAGCUGUCACUGAUAAAAUUGUUCAACAAGCAAAGGAUGCGGAGGCAAAAGCUGAAGCUGCUGCAAGAAGUGUGGCUGAAGAUGCUAAAGCAACAAAAGAUAAAGUAGCGAAAGAAGUUAAAGAAGAUACUGAAGCAGUAAAACAUAAGUUAGCAACCGGAAUAGACUCAGCAGCAGAUACUGCAGAGGCAGCGAAAGAUAAGGCUGCUAAAGAAGCUAAGAAAGCUAAAGAGAAGGCUGGUGGCUUUUUGUCUGGUUUAUUCAAAGGUGCAAAACAUUCUGUAGAUGAAGUUUCAGAUGACGUUAAAGAGUUCCUUGAGGAAACGAAGAGGGAAGCAUCAGAAGAGAAAGACCGUCUACGUGCUGCUGCAGACGCAAAAUUAAAAGAUAUAGAAGCAGCGAAAGACAGAGCCUCUUCAGACGCUAGAGAUGCAAAAGACAAGCUUGCAACCGCUGCGAAAGAUACUAAAGACACAGUGUUCACAAAAGUGUCUGAUGCUACGCACAAGGUAUCCGAUGCAGGUAAAACUGUUGGCGAAAAAGUAAGUGAUGAACUGAAAAGAGCUGAAGAGAAAACUGAAAGUGUAGCUCGGGGAGUAGUCGAUGGAGCAAAGGAGGUGAAAGACAAAACCGCUGCAGAUAUGAAAGACGCAAAAGGAAAAGUUUUAACUGCUGCAAAGGACAUCAAGGAUGAAGUCAGCGACAAAGUAGUUGAAGGUGCACAGAAAGUAGCUGACACCAGUAAAGCAGUUGGUGACAAAGUAGCUGAAGGAGUGAAAGGUGCAGAAGCGAAGGCUGAGGCAGCAGCGAAGGGAGUAAGUGAUGGUGCAAAGGAAACGAAAGACAAGGUUGCAAAAGAAAUUAAAGAAGAUGUCGACGUCGUAAAGCAGAAGAUAUCUUCUGGUAUUGGUGGAGUUGCAGAUAGCGCCGCAGCUGCGAAGGAUAAAGCUAGCAAGGACGCAAAGAAAGCGAAAGAGAAGACAGGUGGUUUCUUCUCAGGUAUUUUUAAGAGCGCAAAACACGCGGCUGAUGAAGUUUCUGAAGACGUCAAAGACUUCGUCGAUGAAAGGAAGAAGGAGGCUGCAGAAGAGACAGCACGUGCUCGUGACAAAACGGCAGGAAAGUUAAAGGACGUUGAUGCAGCGAAGGAUAAAGCUGUUGCAGAAGCAAAGGCCGCGAAGGACAAAGUAGCCGCAACUGUGAAGGAAGCUAAAGACGCAAUAGAUGAAAAAGUAUCGGAAGCUGCAGGGAAAGUGUCUGAUGCUGAGAAAGUGUUCGGCAAAAAGACAGCUGAUGAAGUGACGCGUAUUGAAGAAAAAGUGGAUGGCGCGAUCCAUGUUGUAGUUGAUGGCGUAGUAACAACGAAGGAAAAGGCAGCUGCGACAGCGAAGGAUGCUAAAGACACAGUCGCAGCAGGUGCAAAAGAUGCAAAAAUUAAAGUAACAACAGUUGCAAAACAUACGAAGGACACAGUAAGUGAAGAAAUUACAGGUGGUGUUGAAAAGGUGAGAGACACAGGCAAAGCUGUCACUGAUAAAAUUGUUCAGCAAGCAAAGGAUGCGGAGGCAAAAGCUGAAGCUGCUGCAAGAAGUGUGGCUGAAGAUGCUAAAGCAACAAAAGAUAAAGUAGCGAAAGAAGUUAAAGAAGAUACUGAAGCAGUAAAACAUAAGUUAGCAACUGGAAUAGACUCAGCAGCAGAUACUGCAGCGGCAGCGAAAGAUAAGGCUGCUAAAGAAGCUAAAAAAGCUAAAGAGAAGGCUGGUGGCUUUUUGUCUGGUUUAUUCAAAGGUGCAAAACAUUCUGUAGAUGAAGUUUCAGACGACGUUAAAGAGUUCCUUGAAGAAACAAAGAGGGAAGCAUCAGAAGAGAAAGACCGUCUACGUGCUGCUGCAGACGCAAAAUUAAAAGAUAUAGAAGCAGCGAAAGACAGAGCAUCUGCAGACGCUAGAGAUGCAAAAGACAAGCUUGCAACCGCUGCGAAAGAUACUAAAGACACAGUAUUCACAAAAGUAUCUGAUGCUACGCACAAGGUAUCCGAUGCAGGUAAAACUGUUGGCGAAAAAGUAAGUGAUGAACUGAAAAGAGCUGAAGAGAAAACUGAAAGUGUAGCUCGGGGAGUAGUCGAUGGAGCAAAAGAAGUGAAAGACAAAGCCGCUACAGAUAUGAAAGACGCAAAAGGAAAAGUUUUAACUGCUGCAAAGGACAUCAAGGAUGAAGUCAGCGACAAAGUAGUUGAAGGUGCACAGAAAGUAGCUGACACCAGUAAAGCAGUUGGUGACAAAGUAGCUGAAGGAGUGAAAGGUGCAGAAGCGAAGGCUGAGGCAGCAGCGAAGGGAGUAAGUGAUAGUGCAAAGGAAACGAAAGACAAGGUUGUAAAAGAAAUUAAAGAGGAUGUCGACGUCGUAAAGCAGAAGAUAUCUUCUGGUAUUGGUGGAGUUGCAGAUAGCGCCGCAGCUGCGAAGGAUAAAGCUAGCAAGGACGCAAAGAAAGCAAAAGAGAAGGCAGGUGGUUUCUUCUCAGGUAUCUUCAAGAGCGCAAAACACGCGGCUGAUGAAGUUUCUGAAGACGUCAAAGACUUCGUCGAUGAAAGGAAGAAGGAGGCUGCGGAAGAGACAGCUCGUGCUCGUGAGAAAACGGCAGGAAAGUUGAAGGACGUUGAUGCAGCGAAAGAUAAAGCUGUUGCAGAAGCAAAGGCCGCGAAAGAUAAAGCUGUUGCAGAAGCAAAGGCCGCGAAAGACAAAGUAGCAGCAACUGUGAAGGAUGCUAAAGACGCAAUAGAUGAAAAAGUAUCGGAAGCUGCAGAGAAAGUAUCUGAUGCUGAGAAAGUGUUCGGCAAAAAGACAGCUGAUGAAGUGACGCGUAUUGAAGAAAAAGUGGAUGGUGCGAUCCAUGUUGUGGUUAAUGGCGUAGUAACAACGAAGGAAAAGGCAACUGCGACAGCGAAGGAUGCUAAAGAUACAGUUGCAGCAGGUGCAAAAGAUGCAAAAAUUAAAGUAAUAACAGUUGCGAAACAUACGAAGGACACAAUAAGUGAAGAAAUUACAGGUGGUGCUGAAAAGGUGAGAGACACAGGCAAAGCUGUCACUGAUAAAAUUGUUCAGCAAGCAAAGGAUGCGGAGGCAAAAGCUGAAGCUGCUGCAAGAAGUGUGGCUGAAGAUGCUAAAGCAACAAAAGAUAAAGUAGCGAAAGAUGUUAAAGAAGAUACUGAAGCAGUAAAACAUAAGUUAGCAACCGGAAUAGACUCAGCAGCAGAUACUGCAGCGGCAGCGAAAGAUAAGGCUGCUAAAGAAGCUAAGAAAGCUAAAGAAAAGGCCGGCGGUUUUCUCUCUGGUCUAUUCAAGGGUGCGAAACAUACAACAGAUGAAGCUGCAGACGAUAUUACAGAGUUCCUUGAGGAAAGAAAGAGAGAAUCUUCAGAAGAGAAAGCUCUUGCGCACGCAGCAAUGGAAAAGAAGAUCGAAGAUGUGGCUGAAGCGACAGAUAAAGCUGUUGCAGGAAUUAAAGACACAACAGGUAAGAUCGUGACCUCCGCGAAAGACACGAAGGAUAAAGUUGCAACAGAAAUAAAAUAUACGGAAGAAAAGGUAGAAUCUGCAUCUCGAGAAAUAGGUGAUAGUGCAAAGGCAGCUAAAGACAAGGUGGUUACUGAUAUGAAAGACGUGAAAGACAAAACGGCAAUAGCUGUAAAGGAUAUUAAGGAUAAAAUCAGCGAGAAAGUAACUGACAGCUCACAGAAGGUAAUAGACACUGGCAAGAAGGUGGAAGAAAAGAUCGCAACUGGUGCAAAAACAGCUGGUGAUAAAGCAAAAGCAUCUGCUCACGAAGUAGCUGAAAAUGCAAAAUUAGCGAAAGAAAAACUGGAAAAAGAAGUUAGAGAAGAUACAGCUGCAGUGAAACAAAAGAUUUCAUCAGGUAUAGAUACGGUUGCAGAUGGUGCAGAUACAGCAAAGGAAAAGAUCACGAAGGAAGCAAAGAAAACUAAGGAAAAAGGUGGAGGUUUCCUCUCGGGCCUGUUCAAAGGAGCAAAACACGCAGCUGAAGAGGUCUCCGAAGAGGUGAAGGAAUUCUAUGAUGAAACAAAGAAAGACGCAACUGAAGAAGAAGCACGUGCUCGUGCUUCUAUGGAAAAAACUCUAAAAGAUGUCGAUCUCGCAAAAGAUAAAGCAGUUGCAGAAGUGAAAGAUACAAAAGCUAAGAUGACAACAGCUGUAAAAGACACCAGAGGUAAGGCUAGUGACACUGUAUCUGAUGGUGUCCAAGCAGUGAAAGAUAUUGGUAAAACUGUGGGUGAUAAGAUAGUAGAUAGUACAAAACAGGCAGAAGCUAAAGCAGCAGCUGCUGCUUACAAGGUAGCUGAUGAUGCCAAAGCAGCGAAAGACAUAGUUAUUGCAGACGUAAAGGAUACUACAGAGACGAUAACAACUGCAGCAAAAGACACGAAAGAUAAAAUCUCGGAGAAAACAUCAGAAGGAGCAGAGAAAGUAUCAGCCAUUACCAAAACUAUUGGUGAGAAAGUUGUAGAUGGUGUGGAGAAAGCUAAAAUCAAAACAGACACAGUUGUUCAUGGAUUAGCAGAGGACGCAAAAGUAAUGAAGGAUAAAGGAACGAAGGAAAUCAAAGAUGGCACCGAUGCCGUGAAACAAACAGUUUCUUCUGGAAUAGACGUUGUAGCAGACAGUGUUGCUGUAACUAAAGACAAAGCAGUCAAAGAUGCUAAGAAAGCUAAAGAGAAGGGUAGCGGCUUCCUAAACGGGUUGUUUAAAAGUGCGAAGCAAGCGGCUGAUGACGUUUCAGGAGACGUUAAAGACUUUCUCGAAGAAGCAAAGAGAGAAGCCUCUGAAGAAAAAGCUCGUGCCCAUGAGGCAAUGGAAAAGAAGAUUGAAGACAUGGCUGCAGCAAAAGACAAGACAGCUAAAGAAAUACAAGAUACAAAGGACAAAGUAGCAACUGCUGCGAAAGAUGCUAAGGUUACAGUUGGUGAAAAAGUAUCUGAAGCUGCGCAAAAGGUCUCAGAUGCUGGCAAAGCUGCUGGUGAGAAAGUAAUCCAUGGCGUGAAACGAGUUGAAGAACAAGUAGAUACUAAAGUUCAUGAUGUGGCUGACAGCGUAGUAUUAGCAAAGGAUAAGACAGCUGCUGAGAUUAAGGAUGCUAAAGAUAAAAUGACGGCGAUUGCUAAGGACAAGGUGGACAAAGUUAGCGAAAAAGUGCUCGACGGUAAGCAACAAGUGACAGAUACUGGUAAAGCAUUAAAAGAAGGCGUCGUGGAUGGUGUUAAAAAGGCUGACGAUAAAGUGGAGGCAGUUGCAGAAGACGUAGCGAGUGUAGCAAAAGCAGCAAAAGAUAAAGUAGUCACGGAUGUUCAGAAAGACGCUGAAAUUGUAAAGCAAAAGGUAUCUUCGGGAGUAGAUACAGUUGCAGAUAGUGUAACAUCUGCUAAGGACAAAGCUACGAAAGAGGCUAAAAAAGCCAAGGAGAAGACUGGCGGUUUCUUUUCUGGUUUAUUUAAGGGUGUAAAACAUGCGGCAGAUGAAAUGUCCGAAGAUGUCAAAGAAUUCGUGGAUGAAACGAAGAAAGAAGCUGUCGAGGAAGAGGCUCGUACUCGUGAAGCAGCUGCAGAGAAAUUAAAAGACAUCGACACAGCGAAAGAUAAGGGAAUCGCAAUUGUGAAGGAUACGAAGGACAAAAUGGUAACAGGAGUAAAAGACACCAAGGAUAAAGUUGGCGAUAAAGUUUCUGAAGCUGCACAAAAAGUAUCCGAUACUAGCAAAACUGUCGGCGGAAAAGUAACAGACAGUAUCAAACAAAUUGGAACAGUUGCAGGUGCUACCGUUCACCAAGUAGCAGAUGGUGCAAAAGCAGCGAAGGAUAAAGUGACGACCGAUGUAAAGGAUGUUAAAGAUAAAGUAGCAAUUGAUGUAAAGGAUGUUAAAGACAAAACUGCUGCAACUGCAAAGGAUGCUAAAGACAAAAUUGCUGAGAAAGUAGUUGAGAGUGCGCAAAAGGUCUCAGACGCUGGUAAAGCUGUCGGACAUAAAGUUGCAGAUGACGCAGAAAAAGCUAAGGAUAAAGUUGAAACAGUUGCUCAUGAAAUAGCAACUGAGACGAAAGAAGUAAAAGGGAAAGUGUCUAAAGAAGUUCGCGAUGACGCUGAAACUAUGAAACAGAAAAUAUCAGGAGCAGUAGAUACAGUAGCAGAUACUGUACCAGCUGCCAAAGACAAAGUUGUCAAGGAAGCAAAGAAAGCUAAAGAAAAAGGUGGCGGUUUCCUUUCUGGAUUGUUCAAGGGAACAAAACACACUGCGGAUGAAAUUUCUGGAGACGUUAAGGACUUCCUCGAAGAAACGAAGAGGGAAUCCUCUGAAGAAAAAGCUCUUGCACACGCAGCAAUGGAAAAGAAGAUCGAAGAUAUGGCUGGAACGAAAGAUAGUGCAGUUACUGGAAUUAAACACACAACAGACAAAAUCGUGGCCUCCGUCAAAGACGCAAAGGAUGAUGUUGGAGCGAAAAUUUCUGGUGGCUUGCAAAAAGUAUCAGAUACUGGUGCAGCUAUUGGUGAUAAAACAGCAGCAGCAACUCACGAAGUAACGGAUGAAGCUAAAUUAGUGAAAGACAAAGUAGCUUCAGACUUGAAGGAUGCUAAGGAGACAGUAGCAACCACUGCAAAGGACACAAAAGAUAAAAUCACAGAGAAAGUAUCAGAAGGAAUACGAAAAGUAUCAGACACUACCAAGGUCAUUGGCGAGAAGAUUGUUGAUGGAGUACAAAAAGUUGAAGAUAAAACGGCCACUGUUGCUCACGGUAUUACUGAUGAGGCAAAGGCAGCAAAAGACAAAGCUGCUAAAGAAGUCAAGGAAGACGCUGAAGCAGUAAAGCAAAAGGCAUCAUCUGGUAUAAAUGCAGUCAUAGAAGGUACAGAGGCAGCAAAGGACAAGACUGCGAAAGAAGCUAAGAAAGCCAAGGAGAAGACUGGCGGUUUCUUUUCUGGUUUAUUUAAGGGUGUAAAACAUGCGGCAGAUGAAAUGUCCGAAGACGUCAAAGAAUUCGUGGAUGAAACAAAGAAAGAAGCAGUCGAGGAGGAAACCCGUGCUCGUGAAGCAGCAGCGGAGAAAUUAAAAGACAUUGACGCAGCGAAAGAUAAAGCAGCUGCAGGAUUAAGAGACGCAAAAGAUAAGGUUACAACUGCUGCGAAGGAUACCAAGGACACAAUGUUUGUUAAAGUAUCACAUACCACGCAAAAGGUAUCAGACAUAGGCCACGCUGCUGGUGAAAAGGUAGCUGAUGGAGUGAAACAGGCCGAGGAGAAAACCGAAAAUGCAGCUCGAGAAAUAGUUGAUGCCACAAAGGAGAUGAAGGAUAAAGUAGCAGCGGAUGUAAAAGAUGCUAAAGAUAAAACUGCUGCAGCCGCAAAAGACGCUAAAGAUAAAAUUUCUGAGAAGGUAGUUGGGGGUGUACAAAUGGUAGCGGACUCCGGUAAAGCUGUUGGAGACAAAAUUACAGGUGGAGCAGAAAAAGCCAAGGAUAAAGUUGAGAUAGUCGGUCAUGAAAUAGUAACUGAGACGAAACAAAUGAAAGACAAAGUAUCUAAGGAAAUUCAAGACGACGCUGAAGCAGUAAAACAGAAAAUUUCAUCAGGAGCAGCUGCAGUUGUAGAUGGAGCUGCCGCGGCAAAAGACAAAGCAGCCAAAGAAGCUAAGAAAGCUAAAGAAAAGGGUAGCGGUUUUCUAACUGGAUUGUUUAAGAGUACAAAGCAGGCAGCUGAUGACGUCACAGGAGACGUUAAGGACUUUCUCGAAGAAGCAAAGAGAGAAGCCUCUGAAGAAAAAGCUCGUGCCCAUGAGGCAAUGGAAAAGAAGAUUGAAGACAUGGCUGCAGCGAAAGACAAGACAGCUAGAGAAAUACAAGAUACAAAGGACAAAGUAGCAACUGCUGCGAAAGAUGCUAAGGUUACAGUUGGUGAAAAAGUAUCUGAAGCUGCGCAAAAGGUCUCAGAUGCUGGCAAAGCUGCUGGUGAGAAAGUAAUCGAUGGCGUGAAACGAGUUGAAGAACAAGUAGAUACUAAAGUUCAUGAUGUAGCUGACAGCGCACAAGCAGCAAAGGACAAAGUAAUAACGGAUGUGAAAGAUGCUGCAGACAAAGCUGCAUCUGCUGCCAAAGGUACAAAGGAUAAAAUCAGCGAAAAAGUAACUGAAGGUACACAAAAAAUCUCAGACAGUGGUAAAAUGGUAGGAGAGAAAAUUGUGGAUGGUGUUAAAAUAACUGAACAUAAAACAGAAGCAGUAGUGCACGAUAUAGCUAGUGGUGUGAAGACAGCUAAGGACAAAGUAGCGACAGACGUUAAAAAAGAUGCUGAAGCCAUAAAACAAAAAGUUUCUUCCGGAAUAGACACAGCUGCGGACACUGCAGCAUCAGCAAAAGACAAGGCUGCAAAAGAAGCUAAGAAAGCUAAGGAAAAAACUGGCGGUUUCCUCUCGAGUUUAUUUAAGGGUGUAAAACACGCGGCAGAUGAAAUGACUGAAGAUGUGAAGGAAUUCGUUGAUGAUACCAAGAAAGAAGCUGCUGAAGAAGAAGCUCGCGCACGCGAGGCGCUAGCAGAAAAGGCGAGAGACAUCGACGCAGCUAAAGAUAAAGCAACUGCGGAAUUAAAAUCAGUAAAAGAUAAUGUGAAAACUACUGUAAAAGAGACGAAGGAUUCAGUUUCUGAGAAAAUAUCUGAAGGAGUAUAUAAAGCAUCAGACGUAGGUAAAAUUGUAGGUGGAAAAGUUAUCGACGGAGUGAAAAUAGUAGAAGCAAAAACAGAAGCAACUGCACGAGACAUUGCUGAAGGUGCUAAAACAGCUAAGGAUAAAGUAGUUACUGACGCGAAAGAUGCUAAAGAUGCAGUUACAACCGCUGCCAAGGACGCCAAAGACAAGGUAAGCAAGAAAGUAUCCGAGGAUGCACAGGAGGUUACUAGUAUUGGUAAAGCAGUUACUGAUAAAAUAGUUGAAGGAGCUAGAGAUACCGAAGCAAAAGUAGAAUCAGCUGCGCGAAGUGUGGCUGAUGACGCGAAAGCUGCAAAAGAUAAGGUUGCUGAAGAAGUCAAGGAAGAGACUGAAAUGGCAAAACAAAAGAUAACAUCCGGAAUAGACACAGUGGUGGAUGGCACAACAGCUGCAAAGGAUAAAGCUGGAAAGGAAGUUAAAAAAGCCAAAGAAAAGACCGGUGGUUUUCUGUCAGGAUUGAUCAAAGGUGUCAAACACACAGCAGAUGAGGUUUCAGGAGACGUCAGAGAAUUCGUUGAUGAGACGAAGAAAAAAGCUGCUGAAGAGGAGAUGCAUGCUCGUGAAGCACUUGCUAGCAAAGCAAAAGAAGUUGACACGGUAAAACAACAAGCUGUUGCUGGUAUGGAAGUUACCAAGGACAAAGUUACAGCUGGUGUAAAGGACACUAGGGAUAAAGUUAGUGAGAAAGUAACUGGUGCUGUGCAAAAGGUAUCUGAUGCUGGUAGAAUUGGCGGCGAUAAAGUUAUCAAGGGAGCGAAAAGCGUAGAAGCAAAAGCAGAAACUGCUGUGCGAGAAGUCGCUGAGGGUGGUAAGGAAACUAAGGAUAAAGUAGUUACGGAUGUAAAAGAUGUUGGAGAGAAAGUUUCAGCUACCGCAAGGGAUGCAAAGGACAAAAUCAGUCAAAAGGUACUUGGUGCUGCAUAUGCUAUAUCGGAUGCUGGCAAAGCUGUAAGCGUUCAAGCUACUGAUGCGGUUAAGAAAACGGAAGAAAAAGUAGGAACAGCUGUUCAGGGUACGGCCGAUGGAGCGAAAGCAGCGAAAGAAAAAUUGGUCACAGAAGUUAAAGAGGAUACUUCUAUCGUAAAACAAAAAGUCUCAUCUGGAGUAGACACAGUCGUGAAUGGAGCAAAAACAGCGAAAGACAAAGCUUCGAAGGAGGGUAAAAAGGCCAAGGAAAAAAGUGGAGGCUUCUUUUCUGGCCUCAUUAAAAGCGCAAAACACGCUGCGGAUGAAGUAUCUGGCGAUGUGAAAGAGUUUGUUGAUGGAACGAAAAAGGAAGCCGUAGAGGAAGAAGCUCGUGCCCGAGAGGCGGCGUCUGGAAAAAUAAAAGAUGUCGAUGCUGCUGUGGGUAAAUCCGUUGCAGAUGCGAGAGCCACCAAAGACAAAGUUCAAACUGGCGUAAAAGAAACUAAAACCAUAGUUAGCACGAAGGUGUCUGAGGGUGUACAAAAGGUAUCGGAUACCGGUAGAGCUGUUGGUGAAAAGGUGUAUGAUACCGAAAGAUCUCUCGAAGAAAUGUUACCGAGUCAAGUGGAACAAAGGUACGUCGUAGAUGGUAGCCAACAAAAAAGCGGCGUAGCUGCAUUUUUAGAAGAAAUGAAGCGCGAUGCAGCGUGGGACAAAGUACAUUUUCAAGACGUUCAUUUGUACGAAAACGUCGACACCAUGUACGCUAAGCAAGCGAAGCCCGAAUCAAGAACUACAAAACAUGGAAGAGACGUGAAAUCUACGACAGAAAUUGUUACCCCUUUAGUUUUCGGUACACACGAUCCUAUUUUUGGCGUAGGUUCCGAGACACAGAUCAGACUGUCCGAUGUAAGCACUAGAGACGAUGAUCGUGUCAGCGAAUCGAUAUCCAAGAAAGUAUCUCGCAUUCCACAAAAAGUUAGUUCCUCGAGAGACCGAUUAACUAGCUCCAGUAGUUCGUCGGAUAGUUCCAGUAGUACGGUUAGAAUAGUAAACGUGAUUAGCGAAGUAGAGCACCUCGAGCCUCACACACGACAGACCGUCACCACAGUCGUAAGAAAGUCUGUGCGGACGGCAGCGACCCCACCACCCAGUCCCGCCGAGUACACUGACAGUAGAAUCGAAGAUGUUACCGAAGAGGCUGCAAGACGAGCACAGAGUUUAGCCGAUCAAGCACGAUCACCGACGAAAUCAGGGCAUGAUUCGGCUGAGAUUGAUGGGACUGUAGAGAGGCAUGCUACUUCUGCUCCAACAAAGCAACCUGUUCCCGCCCCGCGACACUCUACCAGGUCGUCCAUCGAAACAGAUCUAGAGUUCGGAGAAGCAUCCGAAGUCUACAGCAGGCCGUACAAUCUCAAGUAUAAAACAAACGAACAAUCGAAGCCGCUCCGAGAAGGGCAUUCCCCGGAGAAAAGCAGCCCAAAAAGUAAAAUACCGGUGAAAGUAAAGAAAUCUAUGGAUAACGAAACGACGGUGAGCAAAAUAAUAACAAGUACCGAGUCGAAGGAACGUAAAACACUAAAGUCAGACGACGAGCAGCCAAAAGUGACGAUAGAUUCACUCGCCACGCGAUCGAUAGAUUUAGCAGAACGCACUGACAAGUUGCUCGAGGAGUUGCCAGAGGAGCCGCUCGGCGAGAAAGAAGCGCGACAACUGGAAGAAGAUAAGGAGAAGAGCGAUUCGAUAAAACCCGAAGUAUCGGACGAAACGAGACCUACGACUGAAACAGCAGAUACGCGUGAUAAUUUGUUCGAUUCUGAGAAGUUUGAACAGAUAGGUGAAACCGUAAAGAAAGUAGAAACCGUGACAGUCACGACUAAACAAGAUAAAGAAACAGAUUUAUCCAGACCGGAUAAAUUUGUCACGACAGAGACGACGAUUGUAGAGAAUUUGCCAAGCAGUUACGAUAGCGCGACUCGUACAACGAUAUCCAAGGUUCAGAGAAGUGUCACAGACGAAGUGGUCUCGAGGGAGAUCGUGACGAAGACGGUGACGACUGUACGGUGUUUCGCGACCGAAUCCAUUGACACGGAACAAACCGGACGAAUCGUACGAGCGAUGGCGGCUAGUGGCGAUUACGGUGAUAUACCGAUGCCAAUUGUAAAAGGCCGUGAUAGUUUGCCAUUCAAUAUCGAACAGCUAUCGGCAAAGAUCGUAAAGAGCACUACCGAGAUGUCUGAGCCGUGGGCCCAUGGCAGUCUGACAGAUCGUUCGUUCCUGAACGACGAGAAAGUAGAGCAAUGGGAGAGCCAACUCUCUCAAGACACGUCGCCUAGUUCCGGUAACGGUGACAUUUAUACUAAAAAUGGUAGCUCGCGGCAUGAUUUAAACAGCGAUACUGAAAGUGACGAUUCACCACGAUCGAGGAGAAGAUCUCCAAGCAAGAGGUGUACAUUGGGCAGUUCCAGCGGGUCUGAUGUAGCACUGCACGAAGGUGCGGAACUGUCCCCGUUGGAGGACGACCAAGGUACCGCACUCACAGCUAACCUUCUAAAAUCUGACUUUUUGCAACUUAGCGAGCCAUCCUACAUGGAAACGACAACGACAGAAGAGGACCCUGAAACUCAGGAAAGAAUAACGAGAACUGUACACGUAAUCACAACGACCAGCGGAACCGCCAGUGGUCCAGACGAAUUGCGAGAGUCCAUGCAGAAGAUCGUCGAUCGAUUCAUGAUGGAAGAAAGGCGAGAACAGUGAAGCAAUAAGGGUCUCGUGGGCGAUUAUUGGAACAAGAAGAAAUUCCUCGUCAUCUGCUAAUCGUGCAUAAUAAAACAAGAAAAAAAUCAAUUAUAAAAAAAAAGCAAAUUCUCUAGCACUAAUCGAAGGAAGCACCUGUCUUGUCUGAUUUAACGUAUCCUCGAACGUUAAACGAGACAAUUCUAUAAAUAAAAUAAAAAUAAAAUCAAAAAAUGAAGAGUAUCUAUCUAUCGAUAUAGAUCCUGUUCGCGUCUAUAUCAAAUAAUAUAGCGAAUUAUUCUAUCGGUGCUUGGUGAAAACACAUGAAAAAUAUGCACGACAAUUUACUCUCACACUCAUGGCCUAUGCUUCGGAUUUGCUUGCCUUUCGGUUGCAUUAAGUUGCCUUAUAUAUUUACGUUUAAUCUUGCGAUUAAAUAACGUAUGUCGUCGCUAGUCCGACUAGCUGACUUCGCUAGUCUUCACUAAGCCAACCCGUCCAUGUACAACGCCUUUCUCGUGUUGUUCAAAGCGAAAAAAGAAACAGAAAGAGAAAACUAACGAAGGAGCAAAUGCUUACAGGAACAAUAUGGUCAAAAGCAAUGAAAGAGAAAAAAAAAAGAUGAAAUCGCAAAAGAAAAUAUUCGUCUGAGAUGCAGGCCCGACCAAACAUUACGGCGAUAUAUAUUUGAUAGACACUUUUGAAAUAUGGAACAGAUACGCGAGAUGGAAUCGAAAAAAAGCAGAUGUUCGGUGACUUUGCAUAACUCGCCACUUGGCAGUUCGUUUUAGCUUUAGGAUGAUUGUAUAUCUAUCCGCGCAAUAUACCGCUUGAUAGGUCAGCAACACUCGUGUCACGUUUUUUGAUGAUGAACUGCACACAUACACACACAUACACAGAUUCUAAAAGAAGAAACAAAUUCUUGUUGUUAUUCGAAUCAUUUGAAAUUCGGACAAGGUGCAAAAUUGGGGAACUUGUUUAGGAAAGUGCGAACAAUGCCCGUUUAUCUGCCGAUUUGAAUAGCUACAAGAAAUAAAUGUUUUCAUGGAUCGUAAUACAAUGUAAAUUUAACUUAUUUAAAAGAAUAUUUCCUAACAAUUUUUAAUUGUAUAUAUGAUAAUUUCUUAGCGUAACUUAUAUAAAUGUACUAUUAUACGAUUGUAAUAAUUGCAAGAUUAAAACAUGAAUAUUUUAUUUAUAUAGCGGAAUCAUUGGACAAAUGUUACAUGCAUAAAUCUUGAGAUUGGAGGGAAUCUUAAUCGACGAUCUAUCCUUCGUAUCGCGAUCGUGUAAAUUAUUAAAAUUAUUAUAAAAGAAAAAAAAAGAGAAACGAAAGAGAAGGCAGAUGGCAUCAUGACUAUAGAGAAAAAUGUGUUGUUUAAACUCUUACGACUCGAAACACGUCUUAAUAUUUAAGCAGCGUUAGCUUUCAAUGUAUAACACAGUUUUAAAAGGCACAGAAAGGAAUCGUAUAUAGUAUGUAUUUAAAAGAAAAAAAUAUAUAUAUACAUAUAUACAUAAAUAUACAUACUUUAAAUAAGCUAUUCUAUUAAUGUAUAAUAUAUUGAGAAGAUAUAAUUAUGCAUCUGAAGUUUAUAAAUUAUUAUCUAUAAUGACUGUUAUUCUAUGUUUAAUAGACUUGCCUAGAGCCUAUUUGACCUAAGGACCAAAGGCACAAUCACACACGCAUCAAAAUAAAACAUUAUGCUCCUAUGUACUGUCGUAACAUUUAUUAUAUAACUCAUUACGGACGUUGCGAUACUGGCAUUUAAAUAUUCUGACUGUUACGAUACAUUAUUUGUAUUACAAAACAAAAAACUAUUUUCCCUUUUACACGAGACGCAAGAAACCGAUGUAACACGACGAACUAUUAUUGCAGUCCAUUGACAACAGAAUCUUUUUAUUCACUGUCAUUUUUCUGCGGUAUAUCAGUACAUUUUUUACUAAUAACUACUAUCUAUACUCUAUUGAGUACGUUGAUAAAAAAUAUGCAAAUACAGUGUCGACCACGUAACUUCACUGGCUAGUUUAUGUUUUUUUAGUCCUGUUUUUUUUCUACUUAAAAUGCAAAUAAAUCAGAUUUACUUAUUUACAUAUAACGAAUUUCGUAUAAGUCUGUAUCUAUAAUAUAUGCUUAUAAGGCAAUAAUUCUUAAUUCUUAAUUGAGAAAAAGUUCAAAUUAUUUAUUCUACAUGCUACUUAUUUGUCUACAGUAUGCAGGUAUAAUGUAUGUAUCUUCAUAAACUAUAAAAUCAUAAUUAUAAAUCUUUCUCAUAAAUAUUUUCUAUAAGCCAGUAAUGUUACGCUAUAAAAAAUACGUACACAUUUUGUAAUUGCCUAAGCUUAUCACCCACUACAUACAUUCUUAAAUCAAAAACAUGGUAGAACAAACCUAUUUCAUUCCUCAAUCCGAACAACUUUAAUAAGGAGUUAUAUACGAAAUUAAAUGUCUGAAACGUUAAUUCGUUUGUUUAAUUCUAAUUUUUACUAAUAGUACUUCAGUGAAAUGUUGUGACUAAUUCUUCUAACGAAAUGUACAGGACGAUCAUAAAACUUGAUUGAAAUUUAUAAGGUAAACGUUGGCACUCUGACCAAAGUUUAUAAUAGAGUCGCUUUAACAUCUUAUGAUUGUUCUGUUACUGCGAUUUCGCGUAAAAACGAUUAUCAACGUAAAUAAAAUAUGUAGAGAUUUGACGUCCUCCCAUACCUGCGUUCAAAUAAAAAUGUAUUUAACAUUCAGUAUCGCAUCAGUGCGCUUCUAGCUCUGACGUAAUUUUAUAUAUUUCAUGGUUUUGGUUUUAUGAAUAACGCGUAUACACCAUGCGGCUACUCUAAUUUUCCUCCGCUUUACUCCUACGUAACUAAUACAAUGUUAUAUUAAAAUUAUAAAGCCAUUGUACACACGUACGAUAUCAAAAAGUAACAGAAAUGGAAAAAAGGUAUGAUUUUAUCAUAUACUAUUGUGUGAUAGAGUUAUCAACGACAAUGUAAUAAAUAAACUGUUGCAUCACAA